AUGGCAUCCGAGGUCUUCUUCCAUCGUGUGCCGUACACACAACGUCGCAUACCACCACAUCAGCAGCAUGAUCCAUUCUCUACCAAUACGGCCUCAUCCAGCACUGCCUCAGCAUCAGCAGCGGCUGGUACAACGCACCUACAUCGAUCAGUCGGCACCUCGCGCUCAGGCGGAGCCCUUACCUUCCCGCCGCUCUACCUAGACCCUGUCGACCCACACAGCAAUGACCCCUCGAACAAUCCAAACUCCGGCAACAAUGGACAGCAACCAGGAAGCUUCAUUCUCGGUUCCACCUUCUACCACCAUCCCGAGCUUAACGCUCUCGUCUCCAACCAUCUCAUCGACGCCUCCGCAGACGCACUAGACGGAGCAACUGGUACAGGUCAUGCAUUCCUGAGCAACAUCUUUUCCAAUCGAGAUGGCGGGAACGAUGAUGACUCAGAUGCAGACGAAGCAGGUGUGUACGGUGCUGAUGGAGCAGUCGCCGUACCUCGACCAAAGAUCGCAUCUGAGUUUGUCUCACUCAACGAAGAUCUGGUACCAGCAUCUCUAGAUAUGCAUGGGGACAUGUUGCCUGCUGAUCAACACCCAUCUUAUCCCUUCGGCAACUUGUUUGGUCCACUUGGGGGGAUGAUUGCUGCGGAUAGUGCGAUUGUUGGCGGUGGAAAUGGUACGCAUGGAGCUGCUUCCAGUGGAGGAGCACUUGGCACCGGUCUUGCUGACUCGGCAGGCGCAGCACUAGGCUUCGACUUUGGCGGGGGGCUGGAUGGAUUGAUCAAUCUCGGACAGUCCUCGCACGGGCGCAGAAGUGCGGUCAGCAACGCUUGGAACAACUUUAUCAACAAAGCUUCCCGCACAAAGCUCGUCGGAUCGGCUGCCGCACAUACUGAAUGGAAUCUGGACGAGACUCAAACAGCCACCACAUCCACCAGCAAUGCAGCCCCGCGGUCGGGGGAGAAAGACGACCAGACAAAGACAAAAGAAACAAUACGAUCAGCAAAGAAGCUAGAUCUAUCACCAAGCUUGCUCUUCCGAACUAACACUUCGACCGUUCUAGCGCCUCCGACAUGGCCGUUUCGCCGGCAUGGUCCAGGAUGUACCUCAUAUGCAGCACUACUACGACCAAGCUCGAAUAUCUUUGGCAGCAGUCCUGCGAGUCAAGCUGUAGCAGCGACGCUAGGAGGUCUACCAGCGUCUAGUAACAUCAUCAAAGAGGUUUGGUCUGAUCUUGCACUCGAGGAGUUGGUGCCAACGCGGAUUGGUGAGACUUCUGCCACUCUACAUCUCAACACCAACGAAAGCUUGGAUGCGGAAAGCGAUGCAGAGGGAGCUUCAGAAAAGCGCAGUAAGAAGAGUCGCAGAAAGUCAGAUGCCGAACCAGACAACGUAUUCGCCAAACGCAUUGCAGCGAUGGAAGCAGAUCCGUUGGAUCUCCUCGGUCCCAUUUCACGCGAGAUCCGUGGUCAGGCUGCGCGGCCUUGGGGUACAGCAAUAUCCAGCGCUUCUCGCAGGCCAAACCGGAGACGCCGACGGAACUCGGGCUAUUCAAAUCAGUCCGAAGACGAAGCAGCCGAAGCAGAACACGACGAUCCAGACCAAGGAUAUACACAACGCGAUCGUUUGCGGUACUCUUUCACACUACCCCCUGCUAACUUGAGCUGGAUGGAAUCACCAUCACCUGACGACGAAGAGGAGCGCAGGUCGCAGGAUGAUACAUUGCACGUGGAGCCAGAUGGCAUCGGAUGGUCAACAGCCAAGAGGAUAUUCGUUAACGAGGAACGCGAUCGUUUGCUUCCAGAAGUAGCGUCGAGGGCAGUGGGUGCAUCUGGUGGAAUUGAGGCGUACAGAGUCCGCGGUAUCAGAGCCAACCAGGGGCUGCUACCGAGGCCGGCGUGGACUUGGACAGAUGGACCAGUAGGCGAGACAGAACCGGAAGCAGAAGAGAUGAGCUUCGCAACGGAAAUGUCCGGCUCAACAUCCCAUCAGACCGACCUCCAUGCUUCACGGCAGAAUGGUCAGCAGCGAGGAAACGUGCAAGAUUCUGAUUCAGAACAGCGUUAUCUCGGACAAGGCGAUGCAGAUGAAGAUGAAGAUAGGGGAGAGGAUGGGUCAUGGCAAUACGGUUCGGAGGAUGCAGAGAUGCAACGUGCUCUGCUUGCACAGUACGGGGCUGGGACGGCAGAUGGAGCGCAGGCCUAUGACGAAGAUGAUGAUGUCCAGGAUGAUGACGAAGAAGAUGGACUUAGUGAGAAAGGAAAAGAAGCGGAUGAAGAGGACGGCGAACAGGUCGCUGCGGAAGAAGAAGACGAAGAUGUAGGCACUUUUGAGGAAGAGCAAGAGGCAUUGUAG